AAAGUCACAAUUUUUGGCGGACUUGUGUACUUGUGUUGAUUAUGUUAUCCAUCCUCGACAUCGGAGUGAUCGGAGUGUUCGGUUCAGAGUAUUUUACUUUAGAGCAAUCGGUUAUUAAAGUAGUUUUCUCAGAUUGAUAUCAACGUUUUUGUAAUUUGUGUCUGCAGCAUGUGAAGUUUUUUAAUUUGCAACGACGCCGCUUAACAAUCAUCUAAUACGGAGUUUAGUUAUCACAUAACCUAUAAUCAGACAUACCUCGCCGGUUUUUCAUCAACGGAUCUACACAAAAAUGAAUCUAAUAUGUGUGAUAUGUAGCGAGUUAUUGGUACCAUCCGACGAUAUUUUCCAUACACCAUGUGGACAUAUAUUUCACUAUGCGUGCUUGUUGCAAUGGCUUGAAAGAUCAAAGACUUGUCCACAAUGUCGAGUAAUAACCACUACUCGUACAAUACAUAGGAUAUAUUUCAACUUUUCAAAUAAUGACAACAUUGCAGAAGAUGCUGCAUCUCUGCAGAAUAAAAUUGACAACUUGAAUUUCCAGCUAAAACUGAAAGACAAAAAUCUUAGUAAUCUUACAGAAGACAAUGACAAAUUAAAGAAUCAAACAGCUGGCUUAAGACACAAAAUUUAUGAAGUUGAAAGUGAAAUAGUUAAUAAGAAUUCUGCAAUUCAUGCAUUUAAAGAUCAGAUUAAAUUUUAUAAACAACAAUCUUCAAAUGCGGAGAAUGAUAGGAAAGAGAAUGAAGAGUUGAAAAAAAAACUCAAAUUCUUGAAAAGCGUACAAAAUUUAAUAGAUGAAUAUUCUACAUCUAAUGUGGAGGAUAUAACAAUGCAAACAGAUGAUGUUUCCAAACUUAGGAUAUACAUAGGAAUAUUAAAAAAGGAACUUGACAGCAUGCGUGAGAAGAGCAAAGAGUUGAGGAACAAAUGUAAGAUGGAACAACAAAUAUUCAUGCAACUCUCCAGAAAAAAUAAAUUUUUGGUACAGAAAUGUGCUAAACAAAAUGAAUUGAAACAACAUUCUACAGAAUUAGAAGAACAAUUAAAACGCUGUGAAACCGAAAAGAUAUCUUUACAAACUCAGCUUUUUAACAUGCAAAUAGAUGCACAAAAAUGCAUAUGUAAUAAAAUAUCCGUGCAGCAAGAGAGCUAUGAGCAAGAAAACUUAAAAGAGCAUAAGGAAUCUUAUACCGUAAAAUCUAAAACAAUGAAUGAAUAUAUGCCAAAAAUGGAAUACAUUUCAAAACUCAAAAAGAGUAGUAGCAUAAAUUUAGAUGAUAGUACCGAGAAUAUCCCAUCAAAUAAAUUGCAGGAUUUCUUUUCGAUAAGGGACCAUGGUAUAAAGAGACACAAAUUUAAUAACAAUUUGAAAAUACCUUCGACACUUGUGAAAAAAUCAAGAAUUGACUCACUAAAUCAAAAGACUGCCAGUGGCAGUGGCAUGAGUUUUGAUGGCUUUGGAGGACAUGCCAAGUAUGAUAAAUUUCCUAAUCCUAUUGUUAACUCGCAUAUAAAAAAAAACAGAGAGGAUCCAACGAUGAGCAAAUCAAAAUACCUUGAUACGGGUGACAAUCAGAAAAUUAGUGAUUUACUGAUAUUUUGUACUGAUUUAUAGUGUCUAAUAUGGUGCCUAAAUUAAUAUGUAACAUGUAAUAGAAAUUAUAAUGAGACGUAAGACUCAAGACGUGAAAGGAUUGGAAAUGUAAUUCCAAUCCAGUCUAGAAUUGCGUAUUUUUUUAUUUUGGAAUAUUAAAAAAGAGAUCCAGAUUAGAUGGUGCAUUUUACACAAAUAUGAUUGUACCUAUUUUUAUAAGAUUUGUAACAUUUUUAUAUAAAAUUUUAUUUCG